AGAAUACCGUCCAUUGACAAAUGUCAAACAUUUUCACAAUGUGAAAUUGGAGAAAUGUGAAUUUUUAUAUUAUUUACAUUAAUUAAUUAAUAAUUGCAAAAACUCUUAUUUAGUGUACCUUUCGAUGAAGUGAAAAUUCUUCGUGACAGUAUGCUUCAAGCCAUGUAGCGUGGUCUCUUCGCAAAAUUUGGUGUACAUAGAAUAUAAGAAGGCGAUGGAUUUUCUGCUCGAGUCUAUAAUCGACUUCAUUCGCGUAAGGCAACUUAAUAUUGCGGUGGCAGCACUGUUGACGAUUAUCUACUUCGUCUACCAAUACCGGGACAUGCUGUUCCGAAUGAAGGAGGAGGAGGAGGAGCCCCGCUGCAGGCACUCCACGCGCCUGUCGAGGUCCCGCUCCAGGUCGUGUUCUAGGUCCAGAUCGAAAACCAGGGCGAGUUAUCCCUUAACUGAUAAGAAUGGCCGUCGGGGUCGACGACCUACCCGCCGAUGCCCUGACUGCAGUCUAUGCAACAUAGAGCAAUAGAGCAUAGACAAUAAGCAACAUAGACAAGUGGAACUUUGUGCCGUAUAAUGUGGAAAAUAUUAAGAUUUAAAUUUUAACGAUAUUUAAUAUGUAUAU